ACAAAAAAUGCAAAAGGCAAAUAUCAUGCUGUUACAAGCGAAUCACGAGUACGUUGAAACUAAAUAACUGUAGAACUGGCUGGGCUGAAAUAAUAAUUUUCCGAUAUGUGUUAGAGGUAUUCGGUUUUAUUUUUUUACACACAUGUCCCAGUGUUUCGCCAGUUUUUGGAUAGCCAGAUACUCUUCUUAUAUGUAAUUUCUCUCUCUAUGGCUUCUUAAAGUAAAUCCAAGGUGUAGUAUGCUUUACUACCGGUUGCCUAUUUUAGGGAACGGAAAACUGCGUGAUCACACGGACUUGGAUAGAAAGACCAAGCGGGUUGAACCUAACGUUUUAUAUUCCCUUGCUCAAUCCGAAAAGUAAUUGAAGAACAGCAAUGAAGUCUGGCGUUGAUCAUCGAGAGGACGUGCUUUUGAUUGCCGCGCCAAUGGUCCAUGAGUCUCUUUACAGAAUUCACUGUUUCGCCUCCACUGAGUAUUUCAUAGUAGCACCUGCGCUUACUAACCACCUGACGUCCAAACCUAUUCGACAUGCCACAGAACUCGAUUUUUCUCGGCUAAGAAGAGGGCGGGUUCGCCCUUGUGAACACCAUCCUCUUUCUGGAUAGGACUAAAAAUUGAAAUAUGUCUCGUUUGUGGCGAUUAUAUGCUCCAGACAAGUCUUUCGUUAAUUAAAGUUUAACAAAUUGCACAUGAAAUAUCACGCGUAUUUCCAACUAACCUAGAGUAAAUGUACAUAUGACCCAUCUUCUAUUUCCACAUAUUCAGUAUUAUUAUAAUUCAUUAACACGUUACAUAUGAAAAGCUGCUUUAAGCCAACAGAGACCCGUAAAAAGACUCUUGGAUUGCGUCAAUGUGUUCUUCCGGUGUGGACAUUUGAUCUCUUCGCUGGCCUUCAAGACUUUAAUUUACGUUCUUAAAAGGCUUACAAUAAUCACGUGCCGUGCCUUAAAAGGUUUACAGUAAUCACGUACUUUGGCAUAAGUUUUCCUUGACUGACCUCGGUGGUGUUCACAAAUCGUCGAUGGAUUUUCGCAGCGCUGUGGCAUUCAAGAAAUAAAAACCUUACCACUAAGCGUUGAUUUUUUAAACUAAAAUGUUUUUUUUUUCUGAAAUAAUUUCAUGUGCCAUAAACUGGACAAAUCUGUAGAAAACUAGAGUAUUUAUCAGUCAAAUUUCGCUGCUAACGGCACGUAGUUUAAAAUUAUUCAGUGUCAAAGUUCACCGGAUUCGUCUGUAAUAGUCCAAUAUAGCUUUUCAAAGCUGAUAAAAUGGAGAAUAUAUCUUGCGCACGAUUCCAAACUCUACAUUCUUACCUUUUGAAUUUACACAAGAUCCAGAUUAAUCUCUUUAUUAUGUUAUCGCUCCUUCAAACUUGAAAGAGCUGGUCUUCUAAACUAUUCAAUUCAAAUGACAGGAAGAAAUGUUCCUUGGCCCCCGCUGAACUCGUUUGAACUAGACUAAUUACCUAAGCUUGAGCAACCUGUUUUUGCAGUACGCGAUAUAGAAUGCAUAGGGUGGCAGUAUCCUUAGGAAAUCCCAAUAGGGUGGCAAUAGAUCACUUGUUCAAAAUCAGAAGCAUGCAUAUUUUGGAUUUUGUUUUACGUAGACCUCUCGAUCAGAUGCGUCUCCAUGAUGGAAGACGACUCGAGGAGAGUGGAAGUCACAGUCUCCUCGGUGGUCCAUCAGUUGUAGGAGCUUGGCAACAAUCACACGGUCAGUCUCCGAGUAGUAAUGAAAACAACAUUACGGGUGGAAACGGGGGUGGUCACAACCAACCCCUUGGUGGAACCAUACGUUCAACUAGCCAUACGCAACAACAGCCAUCGUCUCAACUCGGUGGACGAGAUCUCGAUGUCCCACGACUCGACCUUGUUGACGAGCAGAUUCGCCAAGUUGACUCUUCAUGUUUAGACGUAGGACCUGAGGAGCAUCCGCUAGAACACGGGUAUUCGAUGUGGUUCUCACGUCGAACAGGGUUUAAGCAAGCUGGGACGAUGCCGAAGUUUGAAGAUUCCCUUAAACUUCUAGCUACGUUUCGUUCUGUGGAAAAGUUUUGGAAGUGCUACACCCAUCUACGUUUUCCAAAUGAACUCACAGGCCACGCAGACUACCACCUUUUCAAGUAUGGCGUAAAACCAAUGUGGGAGGAUCCGGCAAAUCGCGAUGGAGGUAAAUGGAUUGUUCGGUUACGUAAAGGUGUGGCAUCGCGCGUCUGGGAGAAUGUGUUACUAGCCAUUUUGGGUGAACAGUUUCUAGUUGGUGACGAAAUUUGUGGAGCAGUCAUGUCUGUGAGAUAUAACCAGGAGGACAUCAUCUCAGUGUGGAACCGCACAGCAUCUGAUAAAGGUGUCCGUUUGAAGAUUAUGGAGACUUUACGUCGAGUAGCCAACCUUCCGAUGACCCACACCCUCGAGUACAAAGCUCACAAUACGUCACUCCUCGAUAAUAGCUCGUUUCGAAAUACCGAUGAAACAUUCUUCAGAUAAAAUUACCCACAUAGAACACCUAUUUACACAAACAAAAACAACGGCAACACAAAAGGUGACAUAAAAAUUGCAGAUAUUUUUACAGUACUCAAAAUUUGAUGUAAGAAAUACGCUUGAGGCAGGGAUCCUACAUUGGACCUAUAGGCGUGCACCCGAACACAAAAGCAAGAUGUGGGAAAAUAAGAAAUAGAUAACAAAAAACGGAUACUUAAACGACAAUAAAUGCAGGUGGUAGUAAAGACCGAAUAGAGGAACGAAUAUGGAGACAUGAUAGAUGGACUAAAUAACCAUCAAAGGCACGUUAGUUCUUUAUGAGAAAUCCCUAUCGGAAACAAGGAAAAGCAGUUAGCCGCGAAAGCGGCAACAAAGGCAACGACAGCAAUGGCAGCGUUGAGUGAGGGAUUGAAAAGGUAGCUCAAUCAGCACUGUUCAUCAGAAAAAUAUAUUCAGUUCGCUUUUAUAUUGGUAAAGCUAUUAACAUGAAAUUAUUGGCUAGCAGGGGACGAUCGAGAAAAUAUAACUGAAGGUAUUAUUAGAAUUAUUUGGCAACAACCCUGAUAAAUUAAUUUUACAGAUAGAAUUAUCGUAAUAUAUGGCCAGCUUGCUAAUCGAAACAACGAGAAAGUCAAACAAAUGAGUAAUAUACAACGGAUUUACAGUUAUAGUGUGGUUUCUAUAAUAGCAGAGGACAUGAGCAUUUUGUUGCAGAUUUCUUGUAUUUUCUAUCGGGUCUAACCAUUUUUAAGCGCUACAGAUUAAGCAAAAUGCUUAAUAAACAUCAUCUGGGUGAUGAAUAUUUCUAGUGCUCCUGGUUGCCUUUGGCGCUGUUGCUGUGUCAAGGGCCAUCGUUUGAGAUGGUCGAUUAAAGUCGGUACUUCGAAUGGAAUGAUGAGCGGCCACAGAAACAUGUGUGUGUAUGUAAUAGAGUGUGGGGACGUAGAGAACGAAAUGAAAAGAUAAACUUUUCGCAAUCAAAUGUAUAAUAUUUUAAUAGAUAAUACAAAGAAGACGAAUCGCAACAACACAACGAAAAUUGUUGAUGAACCUUAAUUGACAACAUUAGUUAUUGAUGUUAAUUAUGGUGACUGAAGUAAUUACGACAAAGGUGGCAUUAUAUGCAAAUGAGAAAAAAAAUAAUGCAAAUGGGUAGCUGGGACUACUGAAGAUAAAUGAUAAUAUUAAUAACCAAAACAAUUGUUAAACAGAUACAUAAUUACAGCCAAGGUUCUGGCAAUUCGUUUGAGGUCGAUGAUAUGCGAGCAGCAUUUUCGUGGCGGGCAAUAAAGGGGAAAAUAAGUAGUAAGCAUAAGGCAAUUAAGUUAUAUGCCCUAAUGUUAUCUGGUCUGUGUCUUUCAUUUGUUUUUUCUCUUUAAAAUAUGUUGCAUGCAAAAAACAAUAUUGAACACAGACCUUUUUAGAAGCGUAUGUAGGUAUAUAAUACCUUUUGGAGCUUAUACAGGUAAUUACUAUAGGUACUGUAAUUUUAUUUACAAUGAGAGGAAGCAUCAGUUUCUUGAGCUCAUCUUCUAUACUUGCCUAUGUCCGGUGCAGAAGCAUUCAGUUGACAUUCUCCAUAACUAAGUAAAUAUGUAAUUUUUAUUUCGAACUGUGCAAAUUCAGCAUUAACGAACGGGUAUUUAGACUUUAAUAUCACUACUAUAAUUAUGUUUUAUUUAAUUAAUAUAAACCAAGUAGUUCAAAUAAUUUCUUUAUUUUUGUUAGCAAGAACAGCGGCGUUGUCACAAUUAUUAAGCAAUUUUCACAAACAGGUUUCUUGAAAAUUGGCUUUUCCGAUUUGCUUUUGGCAAAAAUAUACGCAUAGAAAUUCAAGCAAUACGUUUGCUUUGCUAACUGCCAAAUCAAUAGCUAAUGACAAUAUUGCUUCCUAUACAAAGUUCGUUAAAUGUUUUCUUGCACUGAGAUGUCAAAGAAAAUAGCUUUAGCACUGAUAAGGAUUACAAUAUUAAUUGUAUAUAAUUCAACAGCUUAAUAGGUAUUGGGUAAACGGAAGCAAACAAGGUAAUAAUAUUGGCCUACCAACAACACCGAUGCUUUUGUUAGUAGGUAGAGUUCGUUUAAGUUCGAAAAUGAUAUCACUUAUUUAAGAAAUAUUCGAUAUACUAGUUUGCAAGACCUGUAGCUACUUGAAGCAUAUUAGUGUUAAUCAAGGAUAUUUUUCGUUUUGGACGCUUGUUAGGGAAGCUUCAAGUAAGGCUUUUUUUGACAAACCACUGAUUAAUGUUUUGACCAUGGAAUUAUUAAAGCGUAGCAACUAUUCCCGAGUAGCGUUUGGCGAAUCCAUAAAUGCAUUUUUAUGCAUACUUGAUGAGUAAAAAGCACAAUAAACAAAAAAAAGUUACGUAUCUUCCUUUCAUAUAAAUUGCCGCUGUAUAGCUAAAAAAUUCUGACUGACUAUAACUUUACAGAUGAAUCGGUCUGGCACUAUUUUCAUCCUGAACUCCACCAGGUCGUCUUUGUCCUUUGCCCUUAACACGCGCGUGACUUUGAUGGUGAGCCAUUUGUCGGAGAUUCGCUUUACCAUGCAAAGUCACCUUAAUCGACGUACUUUCGGUUUCUUUAAAACCUAAUUGCCCUUUAACGGGCAGGUUUUCUACCCCAGGCUGUGGACAAGCGAUAUUAGGAGAA